CAUCAUCAGGGGAAUCGACAAACAUAGAUAAUUUUUAUAAGAAGAAUUACAUAGACUUUCGUCCUCAUAUCCUGAAGAGGAAACCUUAAUCGAAAUCUAGGAUGUAGUGUUAAUCUUGACUAUUUCGGGCACUUAGGGCGCUAAUUAUUGCAUGCGGCAGGAUGGUGGCUUUUGGUGAUCUGAAAACAGACAGUGGUUUGAAGAAACUGGAUGAAUUCCUGCUAACUAGAAGUUACAUAUCAGGGUUCCAACCCACUCAAGCUGAUGUAACCACGUUUGUAGCUGUUGGCAAGUUACCGUCAACAAACUAUGGUAACGUAUUACGCUGGUACAAACAUAUAGAUUCAUUCGGUACUGAAAGCAAACAUUUCCCUCCUCCACAGGAUGGCACUGAUGUAGAACUUGAAGUCAAGCCUGCUGCAGCUGUCGUAGACGAUGAUGAUGCGGAUGAUUUAUUCGCUUCUGAUGACGAUGAAGAAUAUGAGAAACUGAGGAAAGAGCGUCAAGCUGCUUAUGAAGCGAAGAAGGCCAAUAAAACAGCCAUUGUGGCAAAAUCCACGAUUGUUCUUGAUGUCAAACCAUGGGAUGAUGAAACUGAUAUGGCUGACAUUGAGAAAGCUGUCCGAAGCAUUCAGGUUGAUGGACUGGUAUGGGGCGCAUCGAAACUUGUUCCAUUGGCCUAUGGCAUAAAAAAACUACAGAUAGGAUGUGUUGUAGAAGAUGAUAAGGUUGGAACGGAUCUUUUAGAAGAAGAGAUUAUGAAGUUCGAUAACCUUGUACAGUCAGUUGAUAUUGCAGCUUUUAACAAGCUUUAGUUUUUUCAAAUAAAUCAGUUUUGUUGGAU